UCGCCGUCGUCGAUAUUGCCGGAGCUCGUCGAACCAAAAUCGGAGGAAGCCCCAUCGUCACGGAUUCGCAUUUUUCCGUUCUGGGUUUGUAUAGGUGAAAGCGAAAGCUCUGGAUUCCUGCCUGAGGUGACUGAAGAACUCAGCAACGAAGUCUAAAUCCUGCAUCUCCCAUUUGUUUGUUGUAGUCCUCGGAUUCCGCGGCCAGUGUUUGAUUUCUUCAAUUUCAUUACUGAUCAGCCUUCAUGGCCUUCGCGAUCACAUCUGUGGUAGAUAUUGCAAGUUCAUUGUAGCACAAUUUGAUCCAAAUGUCUUCACAGUCUUUUAUCCGCAAGUAAAAGAAACUUUCUCGGGGCAGCUCUAUUUUGUUCGAGAGUGGAAUAAACAAUGCUCGCAAAUCAGAAGUUGUUCGUCCAUCUGAACGGGGGCAUUAGGUUACCAAUUACUGUACAAGGGGCUUCAAGAAGGGUUCUCUCUUUAUCUUCUUCAGAUAUGAAAGCAACAAGCCAACAGGUAGAUGACGGUAUGCCUCUCUCUAAACAACUGUCGUCUGUGGCAGGAGGGAUCGUAGCUUUGGGAAAAUUCGAUGCACUGCACAUCGGUCAUCGUGAGCUUGCUGUUCAAGCAGCAAAAGCCGGCACCCCGUUCCUGCUAUCAUUUACCGGAAUGGGAGAAGUUCUUGGCUGGGAACCUCGGGCUCCUGUAGUUGCUAAAUGUGAUCGUGAACGGGUGCUUUCGUCUUGGUCUGCUUGCUGUGGAGAAGUGACCCCCACAGAGCUCGAAAUCGAAUUCUCUAAAGUCCGCAAUCUGACCCCACGCCAGUUUGUGGAGAAGUUAUCAAAAGAGCUCGGUGUCCGUGGCGUUGUAGCAGGCAAAAACUAUCGAUUCGGUUACCGAGCUGCAGGGGAUGCAUCAGAGCUAUCGAGAUUAUGUGAAGAGUACGGUAUAGAAUCAUACAUCAUAAACCCCGUGAUGGACAAGAAACAAAGCAUAUUAAACAGAGGAUUUAACGAUGCAAAAGAAAGAGGACAAGUUUCAUCUACCCGUGUUCGUUAUGCACUUUCAGAAGGAGACAUGAAAUACGUUUCCGAGCUUCUCGGUCGCCAGCAUCGUCUAAUCUUAAUGCUGAACGAUCAGCAAAGCUUUACGAUCGAUAGAAGCAGGAUAUCGUUCCCCAAAUCCCGCUUGUUGAAUCUUCCACCAAAAGAAGGCGUCUAUGAAGAUUGUCGUAUCGUAUUUGGUAACGAUGAUGUUGUAGCUUGCAGAGUCGUCGUUGAAACGACGGAUAUUCGUUUAGAGUUGGUAGAGAUAGAUCGAGUUUACGAUCCCAACGAUUCACGACACCUGAAUAUUGAGUUUGGUGCUUGAAAGCAGCUAUUUAGAGUCGAAUAUGGGGUGUUACAUAUAUAUUAUUUCUAACUUAUAAACUAGAUUUUGUAGUUCACUUUGAAAUUUAUUGUAAUUCCACAUUUCACACAAAAAA